CCUGGGCGCUCCCUUCGCGGAGCCUUGUGGGUAGCCGGCCCGGGUCUCCUGGCGACGACGAUGGCGGGGGAUGUGGGCGGUCGCAACUGUACGGAUUCGGAGCUGCUGCUGCACCCGGAGCUGCUGUCCCAGGAGUUCCUUCUCCUCACGCUGGAGCAGAAGAACAUAGCUGUCGAAAAUGACGUAAGAAUAAACAAAGACAAUCUUACUGAUCUUUAUGUUCAGCAUGCAAUACCAUUGCCUCAGAGAGACUUGCCAAAGAAUAGAUGGGGGAAAAUGAUGGAAAAGAAAAGAGAACAACAGGAGCUAAAAAACGAAACUAGAAGGAGUAGCACUGUAGAUGGGCUAAGGAAAAGACCCCUCAUUGUGUUUGAUGGAAGUUCAACAAGUACAAGCAUAAAAGUGAAAAAGACAGAGAAUGGGGAUAAUGAUCGACUCAAGCCUCCCCCUCAGGCAAGCUUUACCAGUAAUGCCUUUCGAAAAUUAUCAAAUUCCUCUUCAAGUGUUUCACCCCUAAUUUUGUCUUCCAAUUUGCCUACGAACAAUAAAAUGGAACACACUAAUAAUGACACUAAACAGAACCAUGACUUAACGCAUAGGAAAAGUCCUUCCGGCCCUGUGAAGUCGCCGCCUUUGUCCCCUGUUGGAACUACUCCUGUGAAAUUAAAGCGAGCUGCCCCUAAAGAAGAAGCUGAGGCCGUGAAUAACCUGAAGCCCCCAGAAGCAAAGAGGAAGAUACAACACGUUACAUGGCCAUGAAGGAAAGUUUCCAAAAAUGUAAAUAUAACUGUAACUAGUUUUUCAAACAAGUUCCCAUAUAUUGACAGUAUUUACAGAGAUCUUGAUUAUUGUGGAAUUUUCUUAAGAGGUUUAAAAUUAGGUUUAAAAUAAAUAAAAUAAACCUCCCCUCCUUUUUUUAAAAAAUCUUGCCUUUCAUUCCCUGAUUAGGAAAGAAUUUCUUUUUAAAUGAGUGGUUCAGUGUAAGUCAUUUUUAUUGACCCUAGUCAAAUCAGUAGCUGCAAGUCUGGUAUAAAGCAUCCAGUGAAUUUUAGGAAUUAUUCUCAUUAGUCUGUUUUAGUCUUUGGAGGAAUUUGAGAUUUUUUUAAAAACUCAAAUAUUUUAGAAGUUCACAAUUUUUAUCUUUUUCCAAACAAGAGCAUAUAACAGUUCUUCACAAUACUUUGGUGAAUACUACCAAACUCAUCCUCAAAGUUCACCGAGAAAAGCAUAUUCACAGUGCUGCCAAUAAACUACUCAGAAUAUACAGAUAAAAUUGCUGUUCUGUAAGUGCUUAUAUUGCUACUUCCCAUAAAAAUCAAAAGGGAAAUCAGUGCUUACUAUUGCUUCUUCCCUUGAAGUCAUAACAGUAUUGAUUUGUUGUGAGUCGACUGGUCAGUCUCGUCCCUGGUCCACCCUUUAGAAUGUUCUUGUCACGCAGCAGUCCUGCCUCCUCUUUUCAUGAGCAGCCUGCAAGCUCAGCCUGCGAGCUCAGAUGUCUUCCCUCCUAGGUGCUUAGUGAAGCUGACUUUUAAAUCUUCAGGUGAAAUAAUCAUGUCAGAGAUGGUACGUGUUGGUAGAAAGUUUAGAGAAUAAGAAGGGGGUAGAAUUCUAGAACUUGAGAGUCCAGUGCGAUGCGGAGGAGGCAAGAGGAGACGCUGAAGUCAGAAGUCAGACCAGUGAGAGCAGAGGAGUGCGGCACCCGGCCAGGGCUGCCUGCUGGUGUGACGUGGACAGCUUCCCACAGGGCUGUCUCACACACGGGUAUCUCCUGAGGUUUUGUAUUUGUGUUAAGGUGGUGUUUUCCUUUCAACUGUAUAAUGGAAGUCGGUUGCAAACUAGGGUGCACCUUAUGUUCGUGAGUUCUAGUGUCCACUUUUCUGCUCUGUGCUUCUAACCUAGUGCAAAGUUUACUUUAUACUUUUUCUCUGUGUGAUUGAUCUUCAAAUUGGGGUUUGCAUUUCAGUGCUUUUUCAAGCAGUCUCACUCCUCUUCUGAUUUGCUAAAAGAAGCAUUUUAGUUCAGCUAUUGAAUAGCCUUACAAAAAAUUAAUUCAGCCUUGCAGGUAAGUACUGUACUAAAACUUUAACCCUACAGAUUUUAGCCAUUCUGCCUUUGUCCCGACUAUAAAUCUGUACACGUAAGACAAAAUCGAUACAUGCUAAAUAAGUGUUGCAUGAAUUGUUAAUGUAAUGGUCAGUCAUUUAGUAGAUAAUUAUCUGCAGAACCGAUGUAUGUAAUGUUGCUGAAGGACAAAUGUAAUCUUAUAUAUAACUAUGUUGAUAUUUUAAAAAGUGCAGAUUUUAGGGUAGAAUGACAAAUUAUAUUUUGUAUUCAGUUGAUUCUUCUGCUUUCAUCUUCAUUUCUCUCUUAGUUAAGAGAGAAUUAGCCAUUUGACAGUUUUAAGUCAGUGGAAACUUAUUUUUAGUUACUCAAAAUCAAUUUUUAAUUUGUAUAUUUAACUUACAAAGUAGGUUGCUAAUAACAGCUGAACUGUGUAACUUUGUUGCUUCAAAUUGAAGUUUAUAUUAUGAACAUUCAGAGUCAGUGCUCAUAUAGCAGCAUAUUCUUGAGCUAUUUUGAGUUAGAAAUGUGGGAAAGCACUAAACCAUGUGCUAUGUAUUACAUAUCAACAUCUUAGAGUGCUGUGCCUUCUCAAGGUGUAGAGAUACAGCUUGUCUUGAACGUCUUUCUCCACAUGAAACCUGCUGAAUGAUGGGAGUCAGAAGCAGAAGGGUUGGGAAUCUUAAGUUUUGACAUGUUGCUUUGGUGAACUUUGAAGUUGAGAAGGACUUGAUUUGAAUGGCUGACAACUUCAGAACACACUUUACUCACUAGCAUGGGUUACUAUUGUUGCUCUUGAUUCUAUGUUUCAAUAAAGCUCGUUUUUCUUACUGCUGCGGUAGGCGAGUGAUUGGCAUUGGAGUCAGUGAGCGGCUUCGAAGGAGGUGCAGUUACAGGCACUUUACCACUUCCUGCCAUUGGCAGGUAGUCUUGUUCUUCUCUUCCUCUCCCUCUUAGUUCCCUGUUUUCUUUUUCCUUAUCUUCCUUUGCCAUAUUUUUACUUUCGUUGCUUCCAUCUCCUUCCUCCUUUCUGUCGGUCCUAAGCUUCAGGCUUAGAUUUGCAAGUUUUAUUGCUUGGCCCUUCUCAUUCACUGAGAGGGUGAAGAUAGGUGACUCCCAGUCCUCUUGCAUGUGGGGGGGUCAUGGACUGCUGCGUGAGUUCCGGAGGGUCUCAUGGCCCUGCCGCACCAGGGCCCUCAGUUGCUUCCCGGUGGCUGUGACGGCAGCACCGUUUACCAAAAUAGCUUUAUUAACCUCCACAGCAUCCAGGCACUUUGGAAAGUUGAUUCAAUUACAACUAUGAGGCCAUAAUAUUUUUGCUAAUAUUAACAUUCUUUAGGAUUAUCAUUAUUAUUUGAAAUAAUAUUUUGAUUGACUUAAGUUUUGAGAGAGGGUUCUAAAACUAAUCUAGAGACUCAUUCAAUAGCAAUGACCUUUUAAAACUUACAUUAAGUAAAACUGCCAAUAGCUUAAAUCAUAUGUAUGUAAGAGCUUCCUCUAUUUACUACUGUGGAACUUCAGUAAUUUUUAGAGGCUACAAAAUGGUUAAAAUGUUUUUAAGUGUGCUCUUUUAUUAAAUGCCUGUGCAGGUUUUGUAAUUCAGUACAGAAAGUUUAACCUUGUAAUGUACAAUUUUGUAUGUAAAAAGUUUUAAGUAGCCUUAUCCUUAUUUAAAUAAACUGAAUAAAAUUAUUGGGUAGGUCUGUCAUUCAUAAAAAAAUAAAGUGGAAAAAUACUCUAA